AUGGCACAGUUCGCGUCGGACCCAUGCCAACCCUCACCCUCAGCAGCGUGCAUCGGGAUCGCCCAGACCGACUCGCUCACGUACCAUGGCAACUGGACGCACAUCGCCAAGUCUCCGUCCUCCGUAGCGUUCAUGCAGAGCUCCCCCGGGCCCAACUCCCCAUCCACCGCGACGCUCAAGUUCACCGGCGCCUCGAUAACCGUCUUCGGCGCCGUGCAGUCCACCGGCGGCGGCAGCAACGUCACGCUCCAGGUCGACGCCGCGCCGCCCCCGCCCGCGAUCCGCAACGCGCGCAACGUGCCGCCGCGGCUCGCGCAGCUCGGCGCGCCCGGCGGGCUCGGCGCGCACACGCUCGUGGUCACGAACCACAACGCGACGCUCCAGCUCGUCGCCUUCCAGGUCGGGAACGGGACAGUGCCAGGCUCUGGCGGCAACAGCAGCAGCAGCCUCUCCACGGGCGCCAUCGCCGGCAUUUCGGUGGGCGCGGUCGCAGGCGUCGCCGCGCUCGCCGCGCUCCUCUGGUGGUGGACGCGGCGGCGGCGGCGGCGGCACGCGAAGCCCCGCGCGCUGGAGCUGGACUUGAACGAAGGCCUCGGCGACUCUGGAUCCCCCGUCCAGACGCGCGAACGGGCGCUUGCGGAGUCGCGCGCGCUCAUCAUCAGCCAGUUCGACGCCUCGUCCGAGCGCGGCGCCCCGACGCACCCGGAGCGCGGCGGAACAGGGUGCGAGAAGGGCGGGGCGGGGCGGAACGCGAUCGCGAGGAUCCACGAGGGAGCCGCGGCGGGGAAGGGGGCGGUCGAAGGGAGGCGCACGGUCAGCGAUCGUCGGCAGACUGGGACUGUGGGUGCGAGUGGCGACGAGGCGGGGAGGCGGGACGGGGAGGCGGCUGCUUCAGAGGGAGGUUGGACAGAAGGGCAGGGCGGGGUGCACGUAGAGAGGGACGGGGGCGUCAGUCUUGCGAGGGCCGGAGGGGUUGAAGGAGGGGAUGAGGAGACGAACAUCACGCUGCCUCCACCGUACUCAACGAUUUCUGGUUCAUAG